AUGUCCGCAGGAACAUCCAAUCCUCUCGCGGGGGCUAUAGUAGAGCCCCCAUCCCUUAAGCCCGGGUCGCUGGCUUCGUUCUCCUUCAGUAAUAUGGAGGAGCUGAAAGCGGGGAAGGAACCUCUACCGGCUUCCCCAAGGUCGAGUUUGUCCAAGAAUAUCCAUAAACUGAGCUUGGUCGAUGCUGCGUCAAAGAUUGGCGGUAACAACUCAGGCCUCGCUAGAAGCAGUCUAGGGUCUAAGCCAGUUAGUCCGUCGGGGUACCAACUGUCUCGGUUGAGUGAAGAGCGUCUGGAUGACAAGGAACGAUAUAAGCGCAGCAAUGGCGCCGAUGAGAGGGGUCCGUCGGGUAUGCGCAACAGUCGGUCACCCAUUUACAGACCCAAAAGUGAACUGUUGCAGACGUCCCGGGAUUGGUCUCCAGCACAAAGCCCCAAGUCACGGAACAACAAGUUCCAAUUGCCCAACAAAUCCAGCGAAAGCAGCAACAACAACAACAACAACAACAACGUCACGCGUAAACAGAGAAGUAAUAGCACGAAUAGAUGGAGCGCUCUGGAGGAUGCAGCGGAUCUGGUGGGCGCAGAGGAGGAUGCGGAUGAGGGUAGUCUGAGCAUGAUGCUGACUCUUGCACGCACGCGCAGCGUAGACCACCAAUCUGGGGGAAGGAAUGUAUUUGCUGCGGGGGGGCGUGCCAACCUCAAGCACACCAACAACACCAACCACAUCAACACCACCAACACCAACAACAACAGCAACAGCACCAACCACAUCAACGGUACACGCACCACACCCAUCCGCAACAAACCACGCGCAGAAACGCUGGGAUGGCGUAGUCCAGGCGCAGCUACACGCAGAGAAGAAGCGCUGGUGGCUUCACCAAAGGGAGUGAGAGACACCAGGCGGAUUAAGAAUGUUCUGAGCACGGACGCGUUGCCACAGCUCGCGAAAAUGGCUAUGGUGUGUGAAAUGCGACGCAAAAACUCGUUCGCGUCCAAAGGGAAUGUGGAGUCGAAAGAGAUGUUGAGCCAGAUGGCUCCCAUAGACACGUCACAGAUUGACUGUAAAUUCUUCAACUUCGCCCGGGGCAAGUGCACAUUUGGCAAGCAGUGCUUCUACAGACACGCCAACCUGGACGGCACUCUGUAUGAGGAGACCAGCGGGGGCUCGCUUGAGCUGCUGUUACGGUAUGUCAGAGACGUACAUUUAGAUUAA